AUGGGUUUGGGAGCCACGCAUUCCACAAGGCGAAGGCGGUGGGGGCAGGCAAAUGUCCAUUUUGCCCAGCCAAACCCUUUCAAGGUCAUCACCACAAUGCAAAUGAAUCUUCGAAGCUUCUGCAGGAAGCGUCUCUGCGUCAGGAUUACCCCUUCUUCACCGCAUAUUACGGCAGCCAAUCACCGAGCUCCCAAUACAGACCCUGGCGCUUCGGGAAACUCUGUAUUAACCAGAAACGAAAAGGUUGAGCCCCCGCCAAGGGGGGGUCCCUUACCUAGCCUCAGGUACCGAAAUACUGUUACAGAAAAGCAUGCUCGGCACAACAAAAUUAAUUACAUAUGCCACCCAACCGAGGGGCCAUCAAGAGGACAAAUUGGAAACCGGAGAGCGGCGAAACGAAAUUACCCGGCUUUGAAUACCCCGUUUUGGCAGCAUGCGGUUUUGUACAUCGGAGAGCCAAAGAGUGGGGUGGGGGGACGCGGUUUUGUCCGCUUUCCCUGCGAAAUCCCAUUCGGACUUGAUUCUGGGGCUUAUUAUGCCACGGACGGGUUCCCCAAGGCGAAGCGGAACUGGGAACAUGCCGUCUUGUGUUCGGCACCAUGUGAUAAUGAGCUAUAA